AUGCGCAGGCAACUGAGUUCGAAUCCGAUUACAUCGAUCGUCAACAUCCGGCUCUCGAAAACGAUCGCAUUCUUCUCGUGCUUGGGGUGUACGAUUCAAGAAUUCACCAUCAACAACGAGACGUACGAAGCGCUCAAUGCGCUGCCCAACGCCAACGAGACCGAGCCCAGCACGGUCGAGUCCACGGGCUUUCGCUUCGACACGGGCUUCGCCGUGAACGCAGCUGCCUGCGCCGCGCUGAAAGGCUCGGUGCGACCGCUCUGGGCCGGCAAAUCGCCGCACACCUUUCACGUCUGUGUGGUGCCAGACGCACUGCCACCGCCGACGCCCAUCAUCGUGUCCAAGAAUGACACGGGGCUCAUCAUCGGGUGUGCGAUUGGCGGCGUUGCCAUCAUUGCGAUAUUGCUCAUCGCAGUGCUCAUUCGCCGCAAGAAGACGGCGGCGGCCGACCUCCUCGCGUUCCAAAGCGAGGUCACGGGCGGCCGCCUCCGCCGGGCAAACGGCACGGGCUUCCAAACCCUCGAGUCGUCGCUCGAGCUGGCCGAGAACGGCCUUAUUAAUAUCGAAGAGCUGCGCAUGCACAAGCUCGACCUCGCGGACCUCAAGGUCACAGCCACCAAGCCGCUGGCGGCUGGCGCCUUUGGCGAGGUCUGGCUCGGUCAGUACGGCAACGACAAGGUCGCGAUCAAGCGACUCAAGGACACGCACGUCGAGUCGGUGCAAAAGUUCAUCGAAGAGAUCAAGCUCAUGAUCCAGAUGGACUCGCCGUUCAUCGUCAAGUUUGUCGGCGUCAGCUGGCGCCGCCCGAUCGAGAUCGAGUGCAUUGUCGAGUUCAUGGACCGUGGCGACCUCCGCAGCAUUCUGGCAUCUUGUCGGCGCGAUGCGUUUUCGUGGCAGGACAAGUUUACGUCCAUCAUGAGCAUCGCGCGAGGGCUUGUCUACCUCCACACGUUUACGCAGCCGAUCAUCCACCGCGACCUCAAGUCCCGCAACGUCCUCCUCGACUCGAAAAAGGGCACCAAAUUAACCGACUUUGGCGCGUCCCGCGAGGCAGCCGAUGAGAUGAUGACCAACGGCAUUGGCACGUACCAGUGGAUGGCGCCCGAGGUCAUUCUCGGCACCGAGUAUACGAUCGCUGCCGAUGUUUACUCGUUUGGCGUCCUUUUGUCGGAAUUCUCGACCCACGCCGUGCCCUACAGCGGCUUGGUCAACCCCAACACGGGUUACGCGUUCCCGCAGGAAAGCAUCAUGUCGCGCGUGACCACCGGUGAGCUGCGCCCGAGCUUUCUUCUUGACGAAACGCCGUCGUGGGUGGUCGAGCUCGGCGAGCAGUGCAUGGCGACGGACCCGCGCGGCCGGCCGACGUCGCUCCACCUCACGGCCGUCCUCCAGCGCGUCAAAGCCAAGUUUUAUUAGAUCCACCCAAGUCAACUUAUUCAAAAUCGAACGCUAUUUUC